AUGCAUGCCAUUAAGGAACUGAGGAAGAGAACGGGUGCACCAAUUGGGGCUGUAAAGAAGGCACUAGACGAAGAGAAGGGGGAUAUGGAGGCUGCGAUCGUUUACUUGCGCAAGAUUGGGGCAAGUAUCGCAGCAAAGAAAGCACACAGGGAUGCUUCCGAAGGAUUGAUCGGUAUCGCUAUCUCACCAGACAAGAGUCGCGCAUCAAUUAUUGAAGUCAAUUCUGAAACCGACUUUGUAGCAAGGACCCCGCAAUUUGUGCAGCUCGUGAAUCGACUUACAGAAUCUGCGUUGAACAAAGGACGGGUUGCCGAUUGUAACACAAUGAUAUCGUUAGACACACAACAGCUGCUGGAACAGGACGAGAACAAAGAAAUGGUACUCGGCGCAGUGUCAUCCCUGGGGGAAAACAUAGUUUUGAAGAGAGCUAACGUCAUGACCCUAGACUCUGCAUCGGGGGCAUUAUUUGGAUACACACACGGUUCGGCUGGAAUCGGGAGCGGACGAAUUGGUGCCCUAGUUGCUUUGAAAGGAGGGACGCUAAAUGAAGCGGGCCCGCGGAUGGCUAUGCAUAUCGCCGCCGCCGCGCCAAGUUACAUCAGCAUUGGCUCUAUUCCCCCUCAGGAUUUAGAAAGAGAGCGUUCAAUUUUAUUAGAAGCAGCUCUUGCCGAGCAAAAAGCUGGCGAUAAACCAAAGCCACCUGCAAUACUAGAAAGAAUGGCACACGGUCGGUUAAGAAAAUGGUACGCGUCAUCUGUGCUGGAAGAACAAGAAAUGCUCGUCGACAACCCCUCUUACAGCGGCGAGCCACGGGCAGUAAAGGAGUUUCUCAAGAAGGAGACCGCUGACUCGGAGAUUGUAGCUAUGUGUCGGAUGGUAGUUGGGGAGAAAUAG